UUUAUUGUGUUCAACAUUUCCAUUCAAUAUCUGGAAUAUAAACAUAAAAAACAAUCAAUAUUUUUUCCUAACAUAUCUUGAAUCCAGCAUUGUGCAGUGUUUAUAGAGGCCAGCUGUGUCAAUGUGUCAACAUUUGCGUAUAGUGCAUAGACAGACUGCAGCAGACAAGGACCAGAUGAGAAUCCUGAUCCGGCCUGCUCACUACAUGCAAGCGGACGUGCGUCGCAUACACUAGACGCCACUGUGAGCUCCGCUGACAGACCCACAACGGUGCUCGCACCUCUGCGAGCCCACGACCUCCACUCAGCUUUUACAAACACAUUUGCUUUUGCAGGCUCUAUAUAACUAAUGCUUUGGCUGUAGUCGACGAGGCUGCGGAUGCGUAACUGCGCCGUGCUGCAGCACUGUCUGCCUUUUUAUUGCUCAAGACGAACGAAGAUCUCCGUCAUGGGUGGAAACUGAGAUGUGUUUCCUGGUCCACUUGUCUGCUGUAGCCUAUGGAUGCUUUCCGACACCAGGCUGCCUCUAUUCAGCCGAGAACGGCACCUCAGACAGGGAUGCUUUUAACAUCGGACAGCUGUGAGAUGAAGGAUAAGAAGAAGAAAAAGAAAUGUUAAAUGGGUUUGUUUUUGGUGGGGAUCACUGUAUAUCGGGAUGGACCUGAACCGACGUUAAACGGAUUCUUGUAAGUGGAUUUUUUUUUCUGACUAAAAUCGUGAUCGUGAUUUUGUUUUCCAUUCAGCCCUGGCAGGAUACUACCGCUCGUCGAUGAAUUGAUGUGGGAGUACACACUACCUCGACUGCAUAGAUGGCGAACACAAGUGAGUUUGGGGAGAGCAGCCCGUCCUUACAGAACUAUGCGUCCACGGCCUCCGCCGUCAAGCUGGCCUCGCUGGGUCUGAUCAUGAGCAUCAGCCUGCUGGGCAACGCGUCGCUGUCGCUGCUGCUGCUGAAGGACAGCUCGCUGCACAAGGCUCCCUACUAUUUCCUUCUGGACCUGUGCCUUGCAGAUGUGGUCCGCUCCGCUGUGUGUUUCCCCUUUGUGAUGGCAUCGAUUGGCGGCGGCUCCGUCUGGCCGUACAGCGCGCUCAGCUGCAAGAUCGUCGCCUUCAUGUCGGUGCUUUUCUGCUUCCACGUCGCCUUCCUGCUGUUCUGCGUCAGCGUCACCCGGUAUAUGGCGAUCGCCCACCACAGGUUUUACUCCAAGCGGAUGAAUCUGUGUACGUGCAUAUCGGUGAUCUGCAUGGUGUGGACUCUCUCCGUAGCCAUGGCUUUCCCUCCGGUGUUCGAUGUGGGCACCUACACGUUCAUCCGUGAGGAGGAGCAGUGCAUCUUCGAGCACCGCUACGUGAAGGCGAACGACACCCUGGGCUUCAUGCUGAUGCUGGCCGUGAUCGUGGGGACGACCCAUGUGGUUUACAUAAAGAUGCUGUGCUUCGUCUACGAUCACCGUAAAAUGAAACCGGCCCAGCUGGUCCCGGCCAUCAGCCAGAACUGGACCUUCCAGUCUCACAUCGCCAACAGGAGGCUGCUGGUGCUGGAUGAGUUUAAGAUGGAGAAACGGAUCGGGAAGAUGUACUACAUGAUCACACUGACCUUCCUCAUUCUAUGGGCUCCUUAUAUAAGCGCCUGCUACCUGAGGAUAUUUGUGCGGGGAGCCCCGGUCCCGCAGUUUUACCUGACCGCUGCGGUGUGGAUGAGCUUCGCCCAGGCGGGAGCGAACCCCAUCAUCAGCUUCUUGUUCAACAAAGAGCUCCGGAUGAGACUCAGAGCCUGUUUCACCUGCUGCCUGGGAACUCAGACACCCAUGGAGCCAUACUGUGUCAUCUGAACCACGCUGGCCCCAAACAUACUGCCAAAGACACAUUACACCUUGUCUUAGAAUGUACACAGACUGAUCCCCUACAUGGGCACAUGGAGGGUGAACCUACUUCUGCUCGGUUUACCUACAUUUUUAUUUGUGGCAGGAGUGUAACCACUAAUUUCAUUUGAUAAAACCUUAUUAUGAUGUAAACUAUAUUUUGCUUAUCAUAAUCAGGCUGAUUAAAGAUAUAUUAGGGGUAGAGCAUUAUUAGGUUGUCUGCCUCACCAUCUGGGUGUCAUGGAUAAGCCACCUUUUCAUUUACACCUCUGCAUGUACUAUAGGGAGAUUAGUUCCAAAUAUAGGAUACAGCCUCUAUGACAGUUAUAGGUGUCAUGAUAUGUCCCACCUUUGGAGAAAUUUUCCCAGCAUUCUACACGAAUGUCAUGUUGGCUAUUUGUAUAUUUUGAAGUGAUAUUUCAACACUUGUUUGAGUUGUCUUGCCUUCUGCAAAACAAAUGACUGAAACCUAACAGAACUAUUUUAUCAGCUGAAUAGAGUCAGUUUCUCUGGCAUCUGCAACAUACUUGGUUUUGGAUACCACAGAUCUCAGUAUAUUUUUAUUAAAGAUACAAUCACAUAUGUAAAUAUUGUAAAGUUCCUCUUUUCUUCUGCCUUUUUAACCAGAUAUGUUGUAUAUUUCAUUAUAUCUUAGAUUUUAUUGUGUUGAACAAGGUGUUAAAACUCACUUUAAAGGUGUUUUGCAAUUUCUUCUUCUUCUUCUUCUUCUUCUCCAUGGAUCAAUUGUGUUGCAUAUUGGGUUGAUUCACAUUCGUAGCGGGAUACACAGAUAGCUUUGUUUUUCUACUGAUAUGGACACUGGGACUCUGAAAAUGUUAAUGGUGCUUUAUGGAUGUUUGCAUUGUUUGUAUUUCUUAGCAAAUAAAUAAGAAAUGAAUAAUUUGUUUGGACUUUAUCAUCUGCUUUAAACAAGAUAAGGUUUUUUGAUUUGACUCUGCACUUGAAUGCAUUGCAGGGUAUGUGUUUAAAUGAAAACUCCAUAAUUUGUUAUGUGUAAUUUUGUUGGCAUGCUCACUUGUUCUCAUUAUGUAUUCGGGUCAGGGAUUUCUUAUGUUUCCUGACAGGCACCUGAGAAUAGGUGUGAGCAUGUUGCAUUCAGCUGUGGAUUUUAAAUGAAGAGAGUGAGGGACAUGUUUAAAAAGGUUCCACUUGAACAGAAGCGUGAGUUUCACUUUGUAUUCAAAAAAAAAAAAAAAAAAAAUUUGGCUGCUAAAUCAAUACAGACGUUGGCAUCUUUGUGCUUCUGUUGUGAAUUUGUCCUUGUGAGAACUGUCACUACCUUCAGGUCAUGUCCUUGGUAUUUAUUUUGGGACUCAAGGUGUUAUCAAGAUGUACUCCAGAGAUUUAAAACCACACUUCCAUAACAUCCCUGGUUUUUAGAAAUUAGAACUAAUCUGCAACUGCAAAUACAUUUUGAAGGAAAUGUAAUACUUAUAUUAGUGUGAUGAGGUGAAUUUGAUAAUUUACAUGUAUUUGACUGGUGGGAAAUAUGUUCAUAAUGUAUUUGUUUUCUGCAAAAAUAUUGAAUCUUGCUGUGGUGAUUACAGCAUUUGUGGUUUAAUACAGAAAAGGUUUACAGUGACUUCGUACACAAUGAGUUUAUUUAUCCAGAACCAUGACAUUUCCCUGACCUUAACAUUAAAGUGCUUUUGUACUUAUAAACAUAAUGUGUUUAAACAUAACUAAUGUACAUUAAUGAAUGUAACACAUGAAUCACUCAAACAAC